AUGUCCUCGCCCACAAACCACUCACAGCAACUCACCCUCGCCCGCGAAGCCUGCCGCCCAAACCUCAUGCUCCAAAACAAACUCGCCCACUCCUUUGGCCUCCGCGUCGCCUUCUCCACCGAGAUGCCCCUCGUCGCCAAGCGCGCAGGCUACUCGGCCGUGCUCAUGAACCUCGAGCACAUGGCCAUUAGCAUGGAGACCAUGAAGGAUAUCGCAGUCUCAUGUCUGAAUUCGUCCCAACGUGCGCCCCCGAAUGGAUCUCCCGCUGCCUCGACUCCGGGGCCCCAAGCCAUCAUCGUACCGUACGUAAACACCGUCAAGCAAGCAAAAAUGUGCGUCAACGCAUCAAAGUUCCCACCUCUUGGCCACUACUCCGUACCCAUUGUCACAGCAAUGACCCAGUACACGACGACGCUAUCCUACGCGGCCAUCGCCGAGGUGGUCAACGACGAUGUCCUCAUCAUGGCCAUGAUCGAGAUCAGAGAAGGUGUUGAAAACGUAGAAGCCAUCGCCGCCGUGCCGGGCAUCGAUGCCUUGUUCGUCGGCUGCGCAGAUCUCUGCAUGGAGCUCGCAGUCCCUGGGCAAUAUGACUCGGAAAUCUUCCACUCUACCGUUGCCAAAAUCGCCAAGGCAGCAGAGAAGGCGAGCGUAGAUGGACGAAAGGUGUUCGUGGGACUCGGCGGGCUGGAACCGAGACCAGACCUCCUGGAGGCACUGGCGAAACGGCAUGAUACUAUUCGGUAA